AGCGGUAAUACAGUAAUACUUGGAAAAGGUGAAAAGAAUAUACUCCUCCGUCCAGGUCAGAUGUAUAUAUUUUUGGUCGGAGAAGGAAUUGUGAUGGGAGUUUCGCCUGAAACAGACUUUCUUCUCCGAUCCUCAAAUCUCAAGUUCCAUUUCUCACACAUACGUAUACUCAUUAUUCACUUAUACUAAAAAGAAAACAGCAUUAUAAACCCUAAUUAGUUCUCCUUAGCAAUGGCGAUCGCUUCGCCGUCCGCUCCGAGGCUCUCGUACUCCUACUGCUGCUGUCGGGUCGGACCAGCCCGAGCUGCAGUUAGCUCCGCCCGAUUGUUCCAGAUCCAAACUCGGUUCCAAGCCCGGAAGCUCACUUUGUGCUCCAGACUCGACUCAUCUUCAUCCGCCCACUCCAAUGGCUUCGAUGGUGAUCUUCGCUACGAGCUACAGCACGGAGUAUCCGCGCACCACUGCCGGAGGGGAUCUUCCGUGUUCGUGACUCUCCCUGUGGACGCCGUUAGCACCCAGUUGGGACAGAUGAAGAGGAAGAAGACUAUGUCGCAGUCGUUCAGGGCUCUGACGGCGGCCGGAGUGGAGGGGGUGGUGAUGGAGGUGUGGUGGGGGCUGGUGGAGAGGGAAACGCCUGGUUUAUACAACUGGCAGGGCUAUUUGGAGAUUGUGAUGCUGGCUAAACGAUGUGGCCUGAAGGUUCGAGCUGUAAUGGCAUUUCAUCAGUGUGGCACAGGUCCUGAUGAUCCCUUAUGGAUCCCUCUUCCUCAAUGGGUGAUAGAAGACAUAAAAAAGGAUCAAGAUUUAGCAUAUUCAGAUAGGUUUGGGAGACGGAGCAUGGAAUAUGUUUCCCUAGGAUGUGAUGUUCUUCCCAUUCUGCAUGGACGAUCUCCAAUACAAGCAUAUGCUGAUUUUAUGAGGCACUUCAGGGACACCUUUAGACCAUAUCUGGGAACCACCAUAACUGGGAUUCAAGUUGGAAUGGGGCCCGAUGGUGAAUUAAGAUAUCCUUCAUGCCCUUCACUAAAGCUAGCAAGGACAUGGCGCUCACCUGAACUUGGUGAAUUCCAGUGCUAUGAUAAGUAUAUGCUGGCUUCUCAGAAUGCAUGUGCUGGGGAAAUAGGGAUGCGUGAAUGGGCAAAUGGGGGCCCCAUUGGUGCUAGCAACUUGAUGCAUAACCCUGAAAGCACAGAGUUCUUCAGAAGCGAGGGUUCUUGGAACACACCAUAUGGAGAGUUCUUCCUGAAAUGGUACUCUGGGAUGCUUUUGCUUCACGGAGAAAGGGUUUGCAAGGAAGCAGCAACUGUUUUCAGAGGCAUCGAGGUCAAUCUGACAGGUAAAGUAGGCGGGGUCCAUUGGCACUAUGGUACGCCAUCUCACCCAUCAGAACUAACAGCUGGCUAUUACAACACCUCAAUCAGAGACGGUCUCCUACCAAUUGCUCGCAUGUUUGGUAUAUAUGGAUUCACGCUAUGUUGUGCAUGUUUCGAGAUGCAAGACUUGGAAGAGCAACAGGUGAAUCCAGUGAGCAGCCCUGAAGGUUUUCUAAGACAGCUACUUCUUGCUGCAAGAAACUGUGAUCUUCCGCUUGUGGGUGAAAACUCCACGACCACUUUGGAUGACAAAUCCUUUGAGCAGGUGUUGAAGAUGUCGAAGUUCUACUCGGGUGGUCUGGAUAAACCGUCGUUUUCCUUCAACUUUGUCCGGAUGGACAAGAACUUGUUUGAAUACCGGAAUUGGGUUAGUUUUACUCGGUUUGUGAGACAGAUGUCAGUUUCCAAUAUUGUUCAAGGGAGGAUAGGUUUUGGGGAAGGUGAUGCACCGGCGUCGUCGUCGUCUUCUGCAGCCAGCAUGAGAGCAGUUCUUGCCUACUAGCAUGCAGAGGCUUCUUGCUAUCUGCAGCAACUUCCGAUUCAUUGUUCUGAAUUGCAGUUUCACGAGUAAAUUUUUCUACUCUGCAUUUUAUUAGGGUUUCCAUUUCAUUCUGAAUGGGAGCAAGCGAAACUCUCUUCUCGAUCUCUCGCUCUCUCACUCACUCACUCUGUAUGUUUGUAGUGUAGAACAGUGCCUUCCAAUUAUUUUGAGAAUGGAUGGCUCAUGUUUCAGUUAGCUACUUGCGCUUUGGGGCUUCAAGUUUUUUCUUUGGCUUGUCAAGGUGUGUAAUUGAGGAGAACCAAGCUCCAGUCAUUACUCAUUACCAAUAGUAUUGAAAUUCCACAAGUUAUCCCAAUUAAGUGUUCUAUAUAUUCAAACAAAUCAGAAUUUAGUGUUACCAGUCAAACCGUUGUAAAUAUUACGGAGCAUUUCCAAGCGUUUAAUUUUAUUUUAUACUAAAUAUGUACGGC